GUUGGGCUACUCACAGCCUCUAGCUGGUUUUGACUAAACUCUCGUCCUGAUAUCGCUCCGCUGGCAUGGAGGAGGAUAGGUCUUGAUGAUUGUGAUGGUGGCAGCGAACAGCUACUAGCGACCAGCCGAGAGAUCACGGCCACCGCGGUGUCUUCAGGAUUUCGCUGUGCACCAGUUCACGGGACCCGGUUCCCUAUCACGACAACUCUUCUUCACGUUCAGCUUAAGGAUUUUUACCGACCAAACCAAUGAAAUGCAGCAAGUUCACGGAGCAACUCCGGAGCCCCUUCGGUUCAAACAGCAAAACUUUUUCACAAAGGACAACAUAAUAAAACAACGGCGAGCUCGAGGCAGCGUCGGUCUGUUAUGUGUGUGAGUGGGAAUCCGAGGCAGUGAUGAUCGCCUGUAGCUUAAUAUCCGGUUGUUUCCUAUGGAGUUAUUACCUUUACUAAUAGUGUUGAUUUACGGACCAGCUUGCUCGUUCUUGAAGCCUUCGUGCUGGGCUAUGGGAUAUUGUUAUCGGUGUUUUUCAUGGACGGGACAAGGUGAUAUUUGAAAACCGUGUUAAAUGGUGGAGCCUCCGCGUCCUGUCCCGAAGGAGGGAACAAGAAUCAACACCGAUCACCGUUUUGUUUACUGUCCUUACGGUCAUUUGAAUCACCCGGUCCGUCUUGUUCGUCAUUUAAUCUAACUACCAUCUCCCAUCUCCCAGUAACAUUUAGCCUAGAAGACGAAGAGACUUUGAGGCUUGAGAGAAGAAAAACUUAGUCCAAAAUACUAUCAUUUCGGGUGAAUGAUGGGGGACUUUGCAACCCCCGCUGCCGCGAACGGCAGUAACAUUUGCAUCAACAACAAUGCCAUGGCGAGUGGCAUGAAUCCGGGUGUAAACCCCAACAACGUGGGCAUUCCCAAACACAGCACGGUCGUGGAGAGACUACGGCAGAGGAUAGAAGGGUGCAGGCGGCACCAUGUCAACUGUGAGAACCGUUACCAGCAAGCCCACGCCGAGCAGCUGGAGAUCGAGCGGAGGGAGACGGUGAGUCUCUACCAGCGGAGCCUGGAGCAGAGGGCGAAGAAAUCUGCCAACAGCAAGCAUCAGAGUAAACAGCAAGACCCCGAGUCGGCGUCUUCGACGGAGCAGAGGAACAACACACUUAUAGCGAAAGACACCCGAGUUCCUGAGUUGGAAUUUCGAGUUGAUGAACAACAACAACAAGAACAACAACAACCACAAAAAUGCAUUUGGAGUUUGUUUUUUCCCCAGUUCCCAGUUGUCUUGAACGCACUGAUGUCGGAACCGGGCGGCUUCGAGAGGAAGUCGCCCUCGUCCACUGCUGUCCUCGUCCACUGCUGUCCUCGUCCACUGCUGUCCUCGUCCACUGCUGCCCUCGUCCACUGCUGCCCUCGUCCACUGCUGUCCUCGUCCACUCGUCCACUGCUGCCCUCGUCCACUGCUGCCCUCGUCCACUGUUGUCCUCGUCCACUGCUGUCCUCGUCCACUGCUGUCCUCGUCCACUGCUGCCCUCGUCCACUGUUGUCCUCGUCCACUGCUGUCCUUGUCCACUCGUCCACUGCUGCCCUCGUCCACUCGUCCACUGCUGCCCUCGUCCACUCGUCCACUGCUGCCCUCGUCCACUGCUGCCCUCGUCCACUGCUGUCCUCGUCCACUGCUGCCCUCGUCCACUGUUGUCCUCGUCCACUGCUGUCCUUGUCCAUUCGUCCACUGCUGUCCUUGUCCAUUCGUCCACUGCUGUCCUCGUCCACUCGUCUACUGCUGCCCUCGUCCACUGCUGUCCUCGUCCACUCGUCCACUGCUGCCCUCGUCCCCUGUUGCCCUCGUCCACUGCUUCCCUCGUCCACUGCUGCCUUCGUCCCCUGCUGCCCUCGUCCCCUGCUGCCCUCGUCCCCUGUUGCCCUCGUCCACUCGUCCACUGCUUCCCUCGUCCACUGCUGCCCUCGUCCACUCGUCCACUGCUGCCCUUGUCCACUGCUGUCCUCGUCCACUCGUCCACUGCUGCCCUCGUCCACUGCUGCCCUCGUCCACUCGUCCUCUGCUGCCCUCGUCCACUGCUGCCCUCGUCCACUGCUGCCCUCGUCCACUGCUGCCCUCGUCCCCUGUUGCCCUCGUCCACUCUGCCCUCGUCCACUGCUGCCCUCGUCCCCUCGUCCACUCGUCCAUUGCUGCCUUAGUCCCCUGCUGCCCUCGUCCCCUGCUGCCCUCGUCCCCUGCUGCCCUCGUCCACUCGUCCACUGCUGCCCUCGUCCACUGCUGCCCUCGUCCACUCGUCCACUGCUGCCCUCAUCCUCUGCUGCCCUCGUCCUCUGCUGCCCUCGUCCUCUGCUGCCCUCGUCCUCUGCUGCCCUCGUCCCCUGCUGCCCUCCAAUAACAGGAAGAGCUAAAGACGGCCGGGCUAAAGAGGCUAAAGACGUCCAGGCUAAAGAGGCUAAAGACGUCCAGGCUAAAGAGGCUAAAGACGUCCAGGCUAAAGAGGCUAAAGACGUCCGGGCUAAAGACGCUAAAGACGGCCGGGCUAAAGAGGCUAAAGACGUCCAGGCUAAAGAGGCUAAAGACUUCCAGGCUAAAGAGGCUAAAGACUUCCAGGCUAAAGAGGCUAAAGACUUCCAGGCUAAAGAGGCUAAAGACUUCCAGGCUAAAGAGGCUAAGACGUCCAGGCUAAAGAGGCUAAAGACGUCCAGGCUAAAGACGUCCAGGCUAAAGACGUCCAGGCUAAAGACGUCCGGGCUAAAGACAGCCCCUCCUGUCCCCUCUCUCUCCUCCCCUCCUGUCCUCUCUCUCUCUCCUCCCUCUAACCUCUCCUCUUUCCUUUCUGUCCCACCAGGAUCACCCCAGGAGAUGGCGGUGAGGAGCCAGGCCCUCCAGAACAUCCGCGCCACCCGUCUCCUCCAACAACAACAACAACAACAACAGAACCAGCAGAUGGUCCAGAUGAACCAGGGCAUCCCAGGGGGCUCGGUGGGUCCCCAACCCGACAUGGGCCUCCCCUACGGCGGGCAGGGAGCCGGCCAGCAGUCCCUCUACAGCCUCAACCCCUCCAUGAGCCAAAUGAUGCAGCACCAGAACCAAAGCGUCCAGGCCUCCAUGGGUCUUCCACCAGGACACAACCCAGCAGCGCAGGUCCAGAGGCAGGUGGGAGGAGGAUACGGAGGACCACAGGGGAUGAUGAUGAACUCCAUGUCCCAGCAGCCCCUCAAGGGGCCGCCCAAAGCCCAGGCCCAGAGGUUGCAGGGCAUGCUGGGAAUUGGAGGAGGACCGGGAGGAGGAGGACCACAGGGAGGGAUGGGAGGGUGGCCACCCCAGCAGGGGCAGUCCCUCCAGGGGAUGGGAGGGCCAGGAGGGGUAGGAGGACCCGGCAGGACUACAGGCGAUAUGGUGGGCUUUGGCUCGGCCCAGGGGGGCUACGGCUCCAUGCAGCCUGGACCCGGACAACAGCCUCCACACCCACGCCUUGCCAAGCAACACUUCCCUGGGCACCCACAGGGCCACCCCCAGGCUAUGGGUCAGGGCCAGCCCAUGGACCCCAGGGCUAUGAACCCUGCGGCCGGCAUGGCCGGGCCCAUGAUUGCCCCUCACAUGGCUGGACCAGGACAGCCAAGGACCAACCAGCCCAGACCCAUGGUCAUGCCGGGACAGGGGGUGAUGGGCCAGGGCGUGCCCAACAUGGGGGCCUUUGGACAGGGGCCGGCAAUGGGGGUGGGCCCUGGCGGUGGAGGAGGGUAUGUGGGACAAGGAGGGGUAGGGGUCGGAGGUCAGCCUCAGGGCUACCAGAGGACGUCUAGUCAAGACCUGUCAUCUUAUGGAUACGUUGGCGGGCAGGUGGCGCCGUCGGGCGGAGGGUUCGGAUUGGCCGACGGGACAGGGUCGGACUUGGACUCAAGUGACGGUUGGAUGGAAGAGUUCUUCCCCAACCAAUAG